UUGUCAGGAUCUGGGGUGAGUCUGCACAUUCUGUUUAUCAGCCUCAAGUCGUUGCAGGUGGGCGGUUCCGGAGAGCGGCCAGCUGCUGUGCUUUUCCCCAUCACCUGCCAGCCUUUAUAAGGAGCUAGAGAUCACUUCACCUCGCUGGAAGAUUACUCACUUUGGGAACUCUCACCUCUGACCACUUCUGCAAUGACCUGGAUUUCACCUCCGAACCUGAUCUCCCUCCACACCUGGACCGACCCGCUCUCCCACCGCUCACCUCCCUUGGAUAUCGGAUCACCACAGACAUUGCUCACCCCAGUCCUGUCUACCCUCCCAAGCUACUGGAUUCCAGCUCCACAAACCAGCCCCGGAGCUGUGCUCAGCAUCACCGCCACGUCUGGCGGUGCACUUUUAGUUUCCUUAACAGAUUAUCAAGGAACAAAUAAAACAUUUAUUUUCUUCUUACCUACGUCUCCUAGUGUGAUUCUGCAUGUCUUGGGUCAGGAAACUCCCCACAGUCAUGACACCAUUACUGUUAAUUAAUUCAGACAAUCUGUCCUUGAAAAUUUUUACACAUGAUCCAGGUUUCUAUACACACAACAAAUAGUGUUUUUUACUUCCACAUAUCAACCUCCACUGUAACGGACUCCAUUAUAUUGUCCAUUACAAAUGACAUUUUUUCAACAUAUCGGCUUUUAUACCUUUCAUCGACAUAUAAGGCAACACCUCCUCCCUUUGAUGUUUUCCUGUUUGUGAAAUAACUAACAUAUACUUAAAUCUGCAUCUCAUCUGCUUGUUUGUCACUCAACCAAGUUUCCGAUAUUGCUAUUACUGUGAACUUUUUGCCAAGUUCUCUGAGACAAUCUUCUAUUUUUGAGACAUUCAGGUUCAGGCCCCUGCUAUUAAAGUGUAUAAUUGAUAUAAGGUCAUCCGUUAUUACCUUUUCAAUAAAUUGUUCUUCUGUAUAAUAAUUACACUCAUUCUGUUUGUUGCUAAAAAAGUUAUUUUCUGGGUCAAUAUCAUUGUCAAUCACCCAUGAAAGAAAAUAAAUUACACAAAGAAAAUUAAGUAAUUAGGACAACACCCCCCAAAAAAAAAAAAAAUUAGAUGGCUGACGGCUUGUGGAGCUCUGGGAUGGAAACCUUUCCACCCGGUUCUCCCCAGCAGCAGCUCUGCGCAUCUCAGAUCGCAGCAGCGCUUGUCUGCUGUGCGGCUGCCGGCUUGUGGAGGUCUCGGAGACCUCUGUGUUCCACCCGGUUUUACCCAGCGGUCUGCCCGGCGUAUCUCUGACUCAGAAGCUCUGGUGUUGUGCACAGUUAACUCCGGUUGCAAAAUAAACAAUAAUGAACAAGAGUCUGCUUCUAGACCUGCAGAAAGAGAGAAAAAAGGGGACACAACAGCAAUACAACAAGAUCAAGCUAUCACUGCGUCAACUUGAUGAAGAAAUAUAUAAUCAACAUUGUUUAACUGAACAAUCACACGAUAAUAAAUCACAGUGCAUUAAGUGCCAACCAUAGCCUUAAGACAUGUGUUGAACGUGCCCAAGUCCAUACUUAUGAGAGCACCAUGUGAGCACCUGUGUGUGUACACGCGCUUGUUUAUGUAAGGUUUCUCUAUAGGAGCGUCCAGUAGAGAGUGUGAGGGGCCACAGAUCUGCCCCCUAAAGAUGUGCAGGAGAUGGAGGGAGCUCCAAGUCCCAGAGAUCCAGGAGCUGCCCCAGAGCACAGGAACCCCAGGAAGACUGCGACCAGAAAAGCCCCUGCCCCCCUCGAGAGACGCAGAGGAUCGGCCCGGGGGGCCACAACCAGCAGCCGGCAGAGUCCUAGGAGAUAUCGGUGGCAAGCCCACAGGCCCGCCCGCAGCCUCCCACCCCUUAGCCGACCGAGCCCGGGACCCAGCAACCCGGGACCCAGGGGCGACCACCUCCGCCGGGGACCCAGCAGAGCCCAGGGACCCAGACCCCACCAGGCAGCCACCGGGAUUGAUCAGGCAGACGCCAAAAAUCUUAAACUCCCUGACCCGGGAGCCACGACCCAGGCAGACCAAGGCACCACACCCCACACCAGGUGUGGCAGGGGGAGGGGAGACGAAGAUGUAUAUCAUCAAAAGAAGUCCCAGGAGAAGGGAGGAGACAAAGGCCCCACCUGACAUAUACAGUCAUACACAAAC